AUGAUAGAAGACCAACAAACUAUAUCAAUCAUACCUCCACAACCUGUAGAGGAUGAUAUAGUUGUUAUAGAUACUCUAAGGAAAAGGAUUGGAUACAGUAGACUAAUUGUUGUGACUCUUAGUGCUAUGGGAGGAUUGAUUUUUGGUUAUAACACUGGUGUCAUUUCUGGAUCUCUACCACUGAUAACAAGAGAAAAAGGUUUAAAUACAGUUCAACAAGGUUUAGUAGUUUGUAGUGUACUAUUAGGAGCUUUGAUUGGUUCAGUUGCUGGAGGUUUAAUUGCGAAUGUUAUUGGUCGUAAACCUGUAAUUCUUUUCACAGCAAUAACAUGUAUUGGUGGAGCAGUUAGUUCUGCUGCGGUAUCACCUCUAGGACUACAAGCAUCACUGAGAAUUAUUUUGGGAUUGAGUGUUGGAUGUGCCUCUGCUGUAUGUCCGCUGAUGGUAGCUGAAGUUGUACCAGAGAAUAAAAGAGGUAGGUUUGGUUCUGUCUUUCAGAUAUUCAUUACCAUCGGUCUGUUAUGGGGAAAUGUUAUGGGUAUCAUUCUUAGAGCAUCACCUCAUGGUUGGAGAUGGAUGUGGGCUGUUGGUGCAGUUCCAGGAUUUGGGGUGUUAGUAAUUUGGUUCCUUAUUCUAGAGUCACCUAAAUGGAUAAACGAAAGAAAGAGAAAAGUGGCACGUGAUAAAGAGCUUAGACUUUUGGGUCAAAAAGAUCCAUCUCCAUGGACAAUUCUUCGCGAACCAAGAAAUAGAAGACCUAUGGCAAUGGGUGUGAUUCUAGCGACAUUCUCCCAACUGACUGGUAUCAAUGCUUUUAUGUAUUUCUCAACGAUUAUUUUUGAAUUUGCUGGUUUCGAUCAAGAAUAUGGACCUAUUACAGGUUCGACUAUCUUACAAUUUUGGAAUGUUUUAACUACUUUUAUUGCAAUGUUUUUAGUAGAUAGAGUUGGUAGAAGAAUUCUACUGUUCACAGGGUCAAUUAUUAUGACUGCAUGCGAUUUGUUGAUUGCAAUCUUCUUUGUAACGUUGACUGGAGCUGUAAGAGGAUGGCUCUCGAUUGUAGCACUCUUUACUUUCGUAGCUGCAUUUGAAGCAUCUAUUGGUACACUGUUUUGGUUCGUUAUCAAUGAGAUUCUAGAUGACGAUGUAAAGAAUAUCGGUGCUCCAAUCAUCACCGGUCUGCAAUGGCUAUUCAAUAUGCUUUUGUCUUUUCUCUUUUUGUCUGCAGUCAGGUACAUUGGUAAAUCAACAAUGUUUUGGGUGUUCUUUGGUAUCGGUUUAUUUUGUAUUAUUGCACUGGCAAUUUGGCUGCCACCCGAGAAAGGAAAGACAACAAUGGGUGUCGCCGAUGACGAUCCCAACGGUGGGCCAGAAGCUGAACCCUCGAAUGAAGAUGAACCACACGACGAUCAAGCUAACAAUGAACACGACGCUGGUGAUCCAGAUAAUCUCUAUCUAGAGGAGAGCAAACCCGAUGACACUUUCACAGCUCCACUUCAACAAAGAAAAAGAGCUCCAGUUGAAAUGGAACAAUAA